GAAGUAAAAACUGUAGAUAAUAGUUUAUAGUUUUAAUACGAUAUUGCGUGAAUUGCAUUAGAAUAGUGUUAAUUUUGUGCACAAACGCACAAUACACGCAUUUUUAAAACAUUUUAUUAAUAACAUUACACUCGUGUUGCAAUUAAAAUAACUGGAAGAAUACAAACACAAUUUUUAAUACAACGUAAAAUCAAGACGUAAUCGAUAUAAUCAUCUCUCAGAAACUCUCAAUCACGUUUUAAUAAGAACACAGCUGAUAUUAUGAACAAUUUGGGCGACGUGAAUCAAGAAGACGAGAUAAUGCAUAUCGUGGAGCUACCGGCGGCGACAGUCGAGUCGACCCUCUCGUCUUUUCUCGGACUGACCACGCUGGCGGGUCAUCCGCUAGAUGCGGCCGACGCACCCGCGUUGAUCAUGAAAAAAAAUUCGACUUUCAAGGUGCGCCACCGUGGACUUGGCACCCGACGAAGUGUGUACAUGGUGGAGGAGACUCGUUACUUCCGUGUCGGCGACUCAGAACUGCGCGUUUGGAUUGUUUACGAACGGCUACCACGGUUGCGGUCAAAGGUCGGAAGUGCGCGAAUUGCGUACUUGGUCGAAAAGCUAACGUUCCACCAGAAGGGACAUUAGUGUCGAAAAAACCAACUACACAGUGCAGGGUUACUAAGGUAGAAGUACGUAUGGGUAAUUUUUGGAAAAAUAACACGGUCACACGUUAUGAUUGACCGACGACAAAUUAUUGUAAUAUACAACGGACAUUAUAAAAUUUUGACCAAUCGAAAUUAUAACAUAUAAGUAACUUGCACUGUCUAUAAUAUAAAUUAUAAUAAUACUAUUAAAUAUAUAUUGGUCA